AUGCUACCAUACAAAACUAUUACCAAAAAUCCUUCAAAUUAUGAUCCGGCUGAAUUGAUAAAUAUAGAAAGAUAUUUCUGCUUUGAUAAUACCACUGAAUGUUCUGCCCAAGCAUCGCUCAAUAAUUGUGACCAUAAUAUAGAGUAUGAUAAUGAGAUAUUGACUUACCAUCAAAUAAAUAUUGACUCUGAAGAACAUGAUGAGGAUGUAUUAUUGGCUAAUAAAGAAUGUAAAGUUAUGGUGGCUUCAGAAGGCAUACCCGAGUGUACUAUAUUUAAUUCUUGGACGGAUGUUGAAACUUUCUUUGAAGAAUAUGGAAGAAGAAACGGUUUUAUAGUAAUUAAAUAUCGUGUAGAUAAAAAUAAAGCUGGAGUAGUCCAUAAACGAACAUUUACUUGUGAAUUUGGAGGAAAGUACAAACCCAAUAAGAAUCAACAAGAAAAACAAAGAAUUACAAAAACUAAAAAGGUUAAUUGUCCAUGGUACAUAAAUCUUUCUUACGGGAAAGCUGGAACUCUUAUAUCUAUUACCACAUUUGUAAAUGAACAUAACCACAAUAUUAACUUUGAUACACAAGAAUUCGGGAAUAAAUACCGCACUCUUACUGAAGAUGCGUUAAGAGAAGUGGAAAUUAUGACGAAAUAUGGGUGCCUUUCUAUUACAACACAGCGAAAUCUACUAAGAGGACAUUUUUCUGAUUUGCAUUUCCAUGAUAGUGACCUUAACAAUGCUAUUCAAAAAUUUAAAAGAAAAGAAACAUGCCGUAACAGUCUCUGCAAACCACUUUUUCAAAAACGUUGGAAUAAUAUGCUCAAUAAGUAUCCAAUGGCCAAGGAUUAUUUGUUACGUGUCCUGCAUCCAAGUAGUCAGUUCUGGGCUCGUGCUUACCUGUCAAAAAUAUUUACAGCUAGAAUAGAAAGUACAGCUCGUGUUGAAUCUUAUAAUUGGGUUAUUAAAAGAGAAAUCAAAUCCAAUUGUACAUUAACCGAACUUGCAGAUCGUCUUGAUCAACGGCUGAAGGCGGAGACACAAUGGAAUAGAUUUCGUCUGUAUAAAGAUUCAACAACAUUCCCCACUGUUUCUACUCCUGCAGAUGCUCUUUUUCCAGCAGUAACCAAAAAUAUUAACAAAUACCUCACAGAUACUAUUAAUAACAGAAUUAAAGAUGAAAUAGCAGAAUCCUUAUUUCUUACAGCUAAUCAGAUUGUACCAACGUCUUAUGAACUUAAUUCUGAACAAGAAAUUGAUGAAAAAACUUCAUUAAAUACAUGCAAUGGUGAUACUCAAAAUAACAAAAAAGGAAACGACAAUGCUGUGAACAAAAAUCAAGCUAUGUCGGAAGAAGAUCAAGCUAUAUCGGAAAGAGAAGAUCAAGCUAUAUCGGAAGAAGACAAUCAAGCUAUAUCAGAAGAGAAUCAAGCUAUAUCAGAAGAAAAAAAUGAAGCUAUAUUAGAAGGAAAAAAUGAUAAUAAUUCUACUGAUAAUGAA